AUGGAUCUGCCGUGGCACAUCUUCCUUGUGUUAGCCUCAUUGGCAACGACGGUUGCUUGUGCCCGCGAGAAAUCCACGAAAUCUGCUGAGAAUAGCCAGCCUAAGCUGUGGGCUCUCCUCGUUGCUAGUUCUAACGGUUAUGGUAACUACCGGCACCAAGCCGACAUCUGCCACGCCUACCACGUGCUGCACAACCAUGGCAUUCCUGAGGAGCACAUCAUCGUCAUGAUGUACGAUGACAUCGCCAAUUCACGUGAAAAUCCUACGCCAGGAGUGGUCGUUAAUCAUCCUCAGGGUAAAGAUGUUUACAAGGGCGUCCCUAAAGACUACACAGGAGAGCUAGUCACCCCGCAAAACUUCCUCGAGCUGCUGCAAGGAAACACAGUGGAAGGCGGCAGCGGAAAAGUCAUAGCCAGCGGACCAAACGACCACAUCUUUGUCAACUUCGCAGAUCACGGCGCCCCUGGUGUGAUCGGAUUUCCUAACGACGAGCUACACGCUCUACCCUUCAUGAAGGUCAUCAGGAGUAUGGACGAACAGAAGAAGUUUGCGAAGAUGACCAUCUACAUCGAGGCCUGUGAAUCCGGUUCCAUGUUUGACGGCUUGCUACCCGACAACGUCAACGUGUACGCCACGACAGCGGCGAACCCUGACGAGCCGUCGUACGCUUGCUAUUGGGAUGAAAAGAGGCAAGCGUAUUUGGGCGACGUAUACAGCGUAAACUGGAUGGAAGAUUCGGACACAGAGGACCUGCACAAAGAGACACUCAGUGAUCAGUUUAAAAUUGUGAAGGAGGAAACCAACACCAGCCACGUCAUGGAGUACGGUGACCUGAGCAUCGGAAAGCUUUCAGUCAGUGAAUUCCAGGGUGAAAAGGAGGCAAAGCCAGUCGUGCUACCAAGGGUACCGUAUGACGCCGUCUCCAGCUGGGACGUUCCCAUUGCCAUGCUAAGGAAAAAACUCAAAAAGACCUCUAACCCCCAAAAAAAGAAAUCUGUGAAGGAGAAGCUGCGGCAAGCUCGCAACAACCGGAUAUUCUUGAAGCAGAAAGUUGCAGAGAUUGCCAUGUUUCUCACUGAAGAUAACCCGGAAGAUUUGGAGUCAGUGCUUACUUCGAAGAGGCGGCUAACCAAGUUUUACUGUUACGAGAAGGCGGUGCGUCACUUCAGCGACCGAUGCUUCAAGCUCUCGAAAAAUCCCUACGCUCUUCAGCACCUGCGAGUUUUGGUUAACAUGUGUGAGUCGUCAUACAAACUUUCGGAGAUUAUUGAAGCUAUGGACUCGGCGUGCACACACCCAACUGUUGUAGGUAUUGUGUAG